GACCGGCCGACGCGCAAGUACGAAGCCUCCAGUGACGAAGGGUCUAUGGGCCACUCGUCAGGGCCUUCUUCCCCAGACACACCCAGACACACCACUGUGGCCAAACGCCGCCUGUCGCAGGACACAGACAAGUGGGGAAUGAAGACUGGGUGCAGCCAGAGUGUGGCUGUAACCAUGAACGACACGCAGCGCAGUGUGCGCGAGACUCUGUUCUGCUACGUGCUGGUCAAUGUGACGGACUUGACGGUGUAUAUGCCCAGAAGUGUGGUGGAGGGCAUUCCCAGCGAGCGCGUGCAGCAGACGCUCGGCCGUAGCCUGUUGGCCUAUUUCCGGUUGUUGGCUGUGUUGUACCCACCGGCGCCGUCUGCCAAUGUGGUGCGGUGUGUGCGCGAGAACAUCGACCAGUUUGGAGAAUUAUUCUGGCUCGUGGAUGCCCAGUUGGCGGAGACGGACUACUCGAAGUUGGAAGGCUUAGCGUGGUGGCUGACAGUGAUGUGCGAAGAAACUACGGGCGAUGCACUGGUUGCCAAGUUCUUAGGCCAGACAGUUGCCAGUCGAGGCCACCCGAGUACCCAACUAAUGUGCGACUUCUUCAUCUCGCUUAAUGGGACGGCGACUCAGAUCUCGUUCAACGAAAGGUUGCUGAGCGUGUUCUAUCGAUUGGUGCGGUUGCUGUGCUGCUACAGCAUCGACUUCAUACGCGUGUGGAUGGGAAACAACAACUUUACCUGGGCAGUGGAGAAUCUAAUGACCGCCAACGUGGUCUAUUCAAAGGCCAUGACUGAAGUACUGCUGGUGGUCGAAUACACCGCCACGCGCAACACCCAACGCCACACCCAACAACGCGAAGAGGCCAUAGCCAACUGCGCUCGCCUACCACCGGCCCUGAAGACCGCUGUGUGGGUGGCACCGAUUGACCGGGAGCAACAGGGCCUCACGGAACGCCGGGCCAAUCUGAUCCAGAAGUUGGUCAACAACCACACGCUGGGCGACCUAGCCCCGGUGGGCGGGUUUGUGGUGUACACGUGUCUUAAUACCAAACAGCCCGACCCCAAGCCGCUGUAUGCGCUAUUCCUGCAGGUAUACAUUGGCAACAAAGGACGGGGGUUGGAUGUGCUGUGGGCCAGGCUGAUUAGCCUGCUGACCGCUUCAACGGCGAUGCAGGACAAGCUGGCGGCGAAUGCGUCGCAGCCACAGGCACACGCCUUGCCCCCGCCAGGCUAUGCCGAGGGUGCUGAGAGUAGGCGAACCAGUCGCAAGGGCCACGACAACGCACAUGGCAGGAGCGUCCGUUCGGGUGUGCGUCGAGGAGAUGUGGGGGUACAAACAGGAGGUAGUAGUGCAAGUAUAGACAUAGACGAAGACGAUCUAGAUGACUUCUUACCACCGGGUCAAAGCAAGAGCAGCCCGGCUCACAAUGCCUCCCACUCGCCCACACAAGCACGUGUUGACCACGUGGUCACCCCGGAGGAUAUGGAGAGAGAAGCCACGCUGCAGUGCAUACUACGUGUGUUCGCACGGGUGUGUGAGUGGGUCCAACAAGACCUGGUGCCCAGAAACCCCCCCCGCAAUCAGGACGAGUUCACCAUCAUCUCCAUCACGCGCAGUAAGCUGCAGAGUGCGGAUGCCGAGAACGUGCACGUUACCAUGGAGAUGGCGCUGUUGCAACGCUACCUGAUGUUCGAGCCCGUGUGUGUGCUCGCGUGUGGGUGUGGCAGAGACGACGGCGGGUGCAGUACCAGCGCAACCACACAGACAGCCACUGCCGACACAGCCACCCUCCCCCACCCCACGACUGAACCAGCCACAUCCGCCCCCCACACAAACACGCCCGCCACCACCACCACAACGACAGGCACAGGCACAAGCACGGACGCUCCUCCUAGGCCGUGUAGGCAAGACAUCAGCCGGGCGGCAGGGCUGCAGUUGCUAGUGACAGUGUGCGAUCUCGUGCCACCGACGCUGCAUGACGUGCGCACGCACUUGCUGCGCGACCACCUGCGCAUAGGUCCACGGAGUAGCUUACCUACCAAUCGCAACGCAAGAGCCUAUAAGAUGUCGCCGGCUGGCGGCAGGCAUACUAUAGGGAGUUACCUGGGCCACACGCUGACCGAGUGCACAGGACCAGGCUAUGCUCGCAUGAGUGUGUGCGGGGAUCUAGACCCACCCAGAACUACGCACACGCCAACGCAACUGCGACAGCUGAAGGAGUACUGCGGAAUGGUGAACCAAAUUGUGCUUCUCACACUGCGACCACCAAUCGAGUUCGACUCGGAGGACGACGACACCGAUGGCGAAGAGAGCGUGGUGCUCGAAGGGUUGCAGCUUAAUAUGGCCGUUGCCAUGACAACCACGAGUGUACUUGAGUACUCGCCGCACAGAAUAUGGCCGACAAGUUGGUCGUCAAGCGCCACGCCUGUAGCGCGCAGUCAGCUCUGCGAACACGUGCGCAUGGAGAGCAACAGGCAGGCAUGGGAGAAGUACAUCCUGUUUGUCCUCAAAGGUGGCGAUGGUUACCUGGUGAAUAUGCCGGUGGAUGUGCUGGACCGCUUCGCUGCCCUUGUAGACGUAGUGUUGCAUACCGCCUCCGUCCCGACCAAAACGGCUAUCGCCACGUACAUUGAGAGUGUUGUAAGCGAUAUGCUCGCGGACGAGCGCAGCCCUAAAGCCACUUUAUUACAGAUAUACAAAGUGCUGUGUGUGUGUAUAAACACGAAUGCGCUCGAUAAACAACUAGAUGUGGCGUCCUCAGUGUCUGUGCUGGGUGCUGCAAAUCCCUCCACAUCGACCACGAACCCAGAACUUCUGCUGGUAAAGAACAUAGCUGAAAAGCUAGCUGCUCGUAGCUAAGGCUAGCGGAUGCAUACGGUUUGUGUUCACUCACUUACGACCAAUUGCGGUAAAUAGAGUCUGAUUGCAUCACGUUAGUUUAGUCAGUAUGAACAGUUCCCAUCGGAUUGCCAAUCAAUAUCUGUGAUACUAAGUCAAUAAACAAUUAUGUGAUUAU